UGGAGGUCCACCAGGACUUUUGGAGGUCCACCAAGAGUCCUGGAGGUCCACCAGGAAUGGAGGAUGGAGGCCCACCAAGAAUCAUGGAGGUCCACCAGGAACGGAGACUAGAAAUCCACCACCAAUCAUGGAGGUCCACCAGGAAUGGAGGUCCACCAAGAAUCAUGGAGGUCCACCAAGAAUCAUGGAGGUCCACCAGGAAUGAUGGAGAUCAAUCAGGAGCCAUCAUGGUAAACCAAGAAUCAUGGAGGUCCACCAGGAAUGGAGGAUGGAGGUCCACCCAGAGUCCUGGAGGUCCACCACCAAUCAUGGAAGCCCACCAGAAACGAUGGAGGUCUACCAGGAACCAUGGAGAUCAGUCAGGAAUGGAAGAUGGAGGUCCACCAGGAGCUGUGGAGGUCCACCAAGAAUCAUGGAGGUCCACCAGGAAUGAUGGAGGUCCACCAGAAAUGGAGAAUAGAGAUCCACCACCAAUCAUGGAGGUCCACCAGGAAUUAUGGAGGUCCACCAAGAAUCAUGGAGGUCCACCAAAAAUCAUGGAGAAUCCACCAGGAAUAAUGGAGAUCCAUCAGGAACCAUCAGGGUCAAGCAAGAAUCAUGGAGGUCCACCAGGAAUGAUGGAGAUCCACCAAGAAUCACGGAGGUCCAUCAGGAAUGGAGGAUGGAGGUCCACCAAGAAUCAUGGAGGUCCACCAGGAGUUGUGGAGGUCCACCAGGACUUUUGGAGGUCCACCAAGAGUCAUGGAGAUCAAUCAGGAAUUAUGAAGAUCAACCAAGAAUCAUGGAGGUCCAUCAGGAAUCAUGGAGGUCCACCAGAAAUGGAGAAUAGAGAUCCACCACCAAUCAUGGAGGUCCACCAGGAAUGAUGGAGGUCCACCAAGAACCAUGGAGAUCAAUCAGGAAUGAUGGAGGUCCACCAGGAAUGAUGGAGAUCAAUCAGAAGCGAUCAAGGUCAACCAAGAAUCAUGGAGGCCCACCAGGAAUGGAGAAUGAAGGUCCACCAAGAAUCUUGGAGGUCCACCAGGAAUGAUGGAGAUCCACCACCAGUCAUGGAGGUCUAGCA